CAAGGUCAAAACUCAUUGUCUGUGAAUCUGCUGCUCAAAAAUUACUUAUUAUUAAAUUCCCAGCGAGGUAAAAUGAAGAUUUUAGCCUCUGUUGGUCAUUACUGAUGCAAACUGAAUCCUCUCAAGCCAGAAAAAGGGAUUUUAAGUCCUUACAAUUGUUGGAAUUUAGUCCUAUUUUGUCGUCACUCCCCUUCGGUUUCUUCAUUGUAGCAACUUGGAACAGGAAAGUUGUGGCUAAAGACCUCACUGUUUGAGCAAUGGAAGGUGGAAUAGUACGUAUAGCUAUCGAAAAGGAAGGCCAACUUCCUCAGCUUAUUUUAUUCGAUCAGUCUCAACCGUUAGAAAGUAUUAUCAAAGAUGCUUGUGCCAAGUGGAACAUGAGCAUUCCAGAGCAGUAUGCAUUGCAGUAUGCUGAUUUCAACAAUUAUAUUACAGAAGAGAAUCGAUUUGAAAUAAAGAAUGGUACAGUGUUAAAGCUUAUGCUAUCACCUGCCAAGUUAGCUCAAGAAAUUUAUGACAAACUGCAAUCCCCUGCAAUAGAAGACAAGAGGAAUACUCUCAGUCAGCUCUCAAGCAUAUCAGAGGAUCUUACAUUCGCUGGGGAAUUCAUCAAAAGAAAAGGCCUCGGCUUAAUUAUCAGUAUACUUGAAAAAAGACCAGACCCUGAAGCGAUGGCCAGUGCCUUGAAAGCCUUUCAGGAAUUAAUGGAACAUCCUGGAGUGUCUUGGGACACUCUCACUCAUGGAUUCAUCAAAAAUUUGACUGUAUUUGUAAAUAAGAAGAGCCUGACUGAUCCUACAGUUUUAAAUAGAUGCCUAUCAAUACUAGAAUCCAUUGUAUCCAACAGUUCUACACUCUAUCCAUUAGUUGAAAAAGAAGUAAUCUUUGAUAAUCUCAUUCAGCAUCUACAUAGUGGUAACCAGGAGAUCCAGCUCAAUGCUAUAGCUCUCAUAAAUGGACUUUUUCUUAAAACAGAUCAAACGCAUAAACGACAAUUUGCUGACCGUAUGAUAAAAACAGGAGUACGAGGAGCUUUAUUAAAUUAUGUGAUCCGUGCCAAUAAACCAAUCAAAGGAGAGAUGGCGCACCAGUUAUACGUGUACCAGGCCUUGAUGUUCGGUCUACAAAAUGAUAUGUUACUCACAAAAGGGGGAAGGAACAACCAGAGUUUAUUAGAAAGUCUGGACAUUCUGCGUAAAACAGCCUUUGAAUCAGAUAUUGUUUCUAGUUGUGGAAGACCCUUAUCACAGGCUGGUCAUCCUGGCAAAGAUUUCAAAAGACUUGGAUUUACUGAAUAUAAUAAUCCUGUUCAAGAUUUUUCCGAGGUUCCCCCUGGACUUCUACCCAUUCACGCCAUGCUGUUCUUCGCGAGGAAACAUCAAGAUCAAUAUAUAAAGGUGGUCCUUGAGAAUUUGUCACGUGGUGAUGAUUACGAAUGUCCUUUUGCGCGAUCAAGUAUCGCUUUGACCAAAAUGCUGUGUGAAGUUCUCAAGAUCAACGGAGAACCGCCUGCUGACUCCAGCGAAGAAUACUACCCCAUUUUCUUUACAACUGACCAUGGCUUCGAAGAGUUUUUCUGCAUUUGCAUCCAACUUGUCAACAAGACAUGGAAAGAGAUGAGAGCAACGGCAAAUGACUUCAACAGGGUGAUGGCUGUGGUAAGAGAACAAAUAGUUCGAUCACUUGGAGAAAGACAACCAACUAUGGAAGCUUUCAAGAACUACGUUUUCAAUCUCGGGUUUACUCAGAUUCUCAAGCUGAUGCAACAGGAAUUCCACGAGAGAAAUAUCAUGGAACUAAAGGCUCGACCUGUGGUUGAACUGAAGGAACAAAUCCUUCCCGAGUUAAAGAAAAUCGUCCGUCGACAGAGAUUGGACCAACUUAUUGAGGGCAGGGUGUUUGAUAGACAAGCAAAAAGAAAUAAGUUCUGGUACUGCCGUUUGUCUCCCAACUUGAAGUUUCUUCAUUAUGGUGACUGUGAAGAAGGACAAACCCCUUCACUGGAAGCACUACCUAACAAAUUGCCCAUUUCAGGGAUCAAGCAAUUAGUAGUCGGUAAAGAUUGUCCUCAUGCACGAGAGAAGAAAGUUAAGGCAUAUCUACUUUUCUCACUUACCUUUGAACGUGAAGCCGGAGACGAGAGCUUAAACUUUAUCGCAACCAACCAAAAAGUGUUUGAUAUCUGGGUCGAUGGAUUAUCAGCGCUGCUGAAUAAAGAGAUGCCAUCCAAAGAAUCAAAAGAAGAUUUGGAAACGCUGCUCAAUAUGGAGAUCAAACUUCGGCUCCUAGAUCUGGAAAAUAUACAAAUACCAGAGAGCCCCCCACCUAUUCCUAGCGAUCCACCCAAUUACAACUUUGUCUAUAAAUUUUAGGGAAUUUACAGUGCAACUACUAUAACCAGGGCCACCUAGACCAGUUAGACAAGAGAACCAAUUAAAACGUAGAAUGGAAACAAUGCAUUCCAACUUUGGGUAGUGAAGCCAAUCAGAAACAUAGACAGCACCAGAAUGGUAAUUUGACCCUGAUGUUACUCGUAAGCAAAUAUAGCCAUCGUCAUUUUCUCGUGGGAAUAAGAAAGGCUAUUGUUGAAAGGCUAUAGUUUUCUGCUGCUUUCUGAUUGGCUCCACUUCCCAAAGUUGGAAGAUAUUGUUUUUAUUCUGAAAUUUGAUUGGUUCUUGCUGUCUAGGUGGUCCCCGUUAUGGUAGGGUUUUUAAAUGACACAGUUAAACUGGUUCGUACAUAAUAUUUUGAUGGUAGUAAGAAAGACAUUAGCUUUAAAGAGAUCUUGCACUAUCACGUGCCCACGCCAAUAAUACUGCUUGGGCUGCCUGUGGUUAGAUGGCAGAACAAUAAAAUCCCUUUGCUCUUGGGAAUUGAAUUCUUUCUUAAAGCCGGUUUAGACGGUACGAUUUCCGCCUACAACUAUCGUAUACAUCAAGC